AUGGGUGAUGCAUCACUCCCAACAGAGCAUGUGCUCAUUAUUUUCUAUCCGACGAUGCCGGCAGAGCUGAAGGGGGUUAUCCGGCAGAAAUUCCCCGAUGCCGAGGUCACUGUUUACGAGGUUCAGACAGGUGUUCCCGUGCCACCUGAAGUAUAUCAGAGAGCCACCGUCCUCGCGACUUUCAUCGAUCUUCCAGAUCUGAAGGAUUCCAAGAACCUUAAAAUAAUUCACACCUUCUCUGCUGGCGUGGAUCAUCUUUUGCAAAAUCCAAUCUUGCAAGAAACUAACAUCCCCAUCACUACAAGCUCGGGUAUCCACGGCCCCCCGAUUGCAGAAUGGACCGUUAUGAAUUGGCUGGUAUCGUCUCGGAAAUACGUCAAGGGCUAUGAAGCACAGAAAUCCCACUCAUGGGAGAAGUCUGCGUACACGUCUGGUCUUCAUGAUCAAGUGGGCAAGAAAGUGGGUAUUCUAGGAUAUGGAAGUAUCGGGCGCCAAAUUGCACGCGUCUCGCAGGCAUUGGGCAUGACUGUUCAUGCAUACACCGCUACCCCACGCCCAACACCUGAGUCCCGCCGUGACAACGGCUACAUUGUUCCUGGAACCGGAGACCCGGAGGGGUCGAUUCCGGCAUCAUGGCACCACGGAACGGACAGAGAAGCCAUCCGCUCUUUCUUGGCUAGCGGGCUCGAUCAUCUUGUUGUCUCGCUUCCGCUGACUCCGCAAACAACCCGUCUUCUCGGCGCAGAGGAAUUCGCCAUUCUAGCCGACAACGCUCAUCACCAUACGAGCAAGCCUUACGUAACCAACAUCUCGCGAGGCAAGGUUAUCGAUCAGAAGGCGUUGGUCGAUGCGCUGAAUUCCGGGGUCUUAAGUGGAGCCGCUCUUGAUGUCACUGAUCCCGAGCCUCUUCCUAAGGAUGAUCCUCUCUGGGAGGCGUCUAAUGUUCAGAUCAGUCCACAUGUCAGCGGUCUUGGCGUGGAAUAUUUCCCUCGCUCUCUUGAUAUCCUGGCUGUAAACCUGGAGCGCAUCGCCCGGGGUGAGCCGUUGAUCAACGCUUAUGUACGGGGCAAAGGAUAUUAG